UGUUACACCAAAUCACAUAUUUUACGGGAAGUACGCAUUGAAAUAUGGAACCAGUUUGCAUAUCCCGUCUGGCAACAUUUGUUGUUAUGGUUUCGUUUUAUGGAUGUUGUAGUUUUUCGCGGUUUCGGUGUAGUUGAUCGAAUUGAUCUAAAAACGCAAAUUUGUGCCAGCGGUUGUAACGUAACAUUAUAGGAUGGAAGUUGGCGCACUUUUCCCGAGCUACCAAGCUUUUGCUGCAGCGUUAGCUGAGUACCAGAAAAAGAACUUCGUGCACUUUUUUAUGAAAUCCACACGCACGAUCGUCGGCGCCAGGAAGAAAGGGAUUAAACGCUUCGUGAAGGAUGAGUUACAAUUCUACGAAAUUACUUGCAGCUGCGUUCACGGUGGCAGAAUACACAAGUCGAAGUCCGCCGGAAUCCGGCCACAGCAAAAGACGCUGAAAUUCGGCUGUCCAGCUGAGCUAAAAGUCACCGUUUCGAAAGACGGACAGCACCUUGAAAUAAAGAAUGUAGUUAACCAACACAACCAUCCAACCAAUGAGGCAACGUACAAACAGAUGCUGAAACAGAAAGGAGUCCUCAGCAGCCCAGAUGAUGCAGAAGGAACCACACCUGCCAAGAAAAAACGAAGACGUAUUAAAAGCUUUCUAAAUAACCCAGACGUGGUAGAGUUGUUGCACGGCAGCACGGAAGUCAGCAGCACCACCGAGGACCAGGACGGAGGAAUCGGCACAUCCACCGUCGAGGCUCUGGCCGCACAGGUGCAGGCAAAUGGCGGGGUCAUGGACAUCCUCGUCGAUGAAUGUGAAAACCUCACCGGAAUCUUCUACCAAGACCCGUACAUGUGCAGGGCAUUCGCGUGUUUUCCCGAAGUGGUGUUCGUAGAAACUAUCUGUAGAUCUGAGCAGACGACGCCGUUCUACCUAGUCUCCGUAGAAGACUCAAACGGCGAAAUCGCGGUCAUAGCCGUGUUGUUCUGCGCGUCGGAGAGCAGCGACACCCUGACUGCCACCUUCCAAAGGUUAGCAUUUCACUGUGGUGAUUCUGUAGUCUCCAGAACAAAGGUAGUGAUGACCGACAAAGGCUUUUCGGGAUGUGAGGUGCUCAAAGAGGUCUUCCAAAACGCGAGGCACGUUCUCAGCCUCUCCCGUGUGUUGAGAACGUUCAAGAAGGACAUCACAGUCAACAAGAUGACGCUGUCAGUCGUCGAGAGACAAACUGCCUUAGAAAUACUUCAGCAAAUGUGCUACAUUCAGCACGAAGACCAGUACGACAUGCUUCUCGAAGAACUCGAGUGCAUCGGGAACGCGAAGUUGACGGCGUAUUUUCACGAAAACUGGCACGGCAUACGGCACGAGUGGGUACGGGGUCUCCAGAGGGACACCGUGGCCUUCGUGAACAGAUCCAGCUCCAGGGUGGAGCACAUCAGCAACCGUAUUGCCGGCGUCAUCACCAAGUACAAAAAUCUCGGAGAAACGAUCCGCUACCUCGUUCUCGUCACGGACAGUCUGCGGCAGGAACGGGACCAACGUAUCCUGGACGCGCUUCUACGGCAACCUACGUAUCCGUCAAUGUCGGACGUCGAGAGGCGGUACGGUGAACACCUCACCCCUUACGCCUUUAACGUGGUCGUAACGCAGCUAAAGCACGGCGCUGCUCUUGAACGGCUAGGUGGCGCCACCAUUCCAGGAUCCACGCACGCGUGCGACUGUCCGCUCUCGACUUUGAUGGAACUGCCUUGCAAGCACAUUCUUUAUCGCAGACGCGUUGCCGGGCUCGACUUAUUCUUCCCCGGAGGAAUCGGACUGCGAUGGACUCGGAAAUAUUACAAAGACUCCCGUAACUUAAACGCUACGAGCGACGGGGACAGUUCCGACGGCCACGUCAGAGGAGUUCUUUCUGAGCAAGAGAAGUACAAGGAGGUGUCCGACCUUACGGAGCAGCUGGCCACUCAGAUCUCGAAACUUCCAAUGGACAAAUAUGAAAACAUGUUGUCUGCAGUGAGCAGGAUGGUGGAGCUGGUUGUGAAAGGUGCGGAUGUUGGCAUAUCAGAAAUAAUGACAACCGUGGAAUCUCUCGAUGAGGACAGAACUGUUACGAUAUCGGAAGUGUGUACGACCGAAGAAGUGCUUUAGAACUGCAUCCUACACCAAAGACAGUUCUGGAGUUGGUGACUCCCAAGUUUGUGUUCAUGCUGUGCGCUUUGUGAAGCUUCACUUCCGUGAAGACUUUGUGUGGCUUUCGUUACUGUAAGGGUAAUGGUGCAAACAAUCCAGGUUGCGCAGCAUGCUAGCGUGCAUGCAUGUGGGAUUACGUGAGUGAAUGAAUCACCCCUAUAAUGGGCUUUUAAUAAAUGGCAACUUAGUGCGGGGGACAAUGAAAAGUUACGUAGUACUUCACACUUGUUCAUCUCGUAGUGAUGGAGAAGAAUUGUACUUUGUGCCAUCAAGUCAAGAAGCAACAUUGAACUCUGCAUAACAGAAAAGGCUGGUGAAAACGUGAACGGCACAAGUUGCAGGCAGCAAGACACCACUGCAUACUGAACGAAAAACAUUAAACGACUGUUACG